UAUCCUGAGAUUUUUCUUAUAACUCGUAACCUAAAUAGAACUGUCAUCCACAAUUGACAGUUUCUUUAUUAUUUAAAAAAAGUAAAAUUAAUUUAUUAAUCUUAUAUAAUAAUGUUCAAUAUUGGAGUUUAAUUGUUGCUGCAUCAUCAAGUAUCAUUCAGGGAGGAGUAUUUUAUUGGGUAAAUAUUAUUUGUAAAGGAUUUAUGAAAAUUAAUGGAUGAGAGUAAUUACGAUUCUCCAGACGAAUAUACAAGCCUGAUGGACGCCCACGUAGCUGAGACACGAUCUGACAGCUCUGGACUGGUCAGUGAAAAGAGAAAACGUCGUGCAAAACCACCCACCAACUAUGAAGAUGGAAAUUUACCAGAAGUGCGCGUAGAAAAUCCAGGUUCAUCUGGAUUCUUCAGUAGUUCUAGAAAUGUUCCACCUCUCGGUCCAGGUGAUGAUCCAGAUAGCUACCAGCAAGAAGAGUUUGAAGAAGGUUUAAAAUAUGGAGCGACUCAUGUCAUUAAAUUAUUUGUUCCUGUGUCGUUGUGUAUGCUGGUAGUUGUAGCGACUAUCAGUUCCAUUACAUUUUAUACAAUGAAAGGAGAAUACUUAAUUUAUACACCAUUUCACGAUGAUGGAGCAGAUACUAGUACUAAAGUUUGGCAAGCAGCUGCCAAUGCAAUGAUUUUAAUGUUCGUAAUAAUUUGCAUGACUGUACUGCUAAUCGUUCUCUACAAAUACAAAUUUUAUAAAUUUAUCCAUGCCUGGUUGAUAAUGAGUUCAUUGAUGUUACUUUUUAUUUUUACGGCGCUAUAUUGCGAGGAAGUAUUAAAAGCUUACAAUAUUCCGAUGGAUUUGAUAACACUGGCAAUAGUUUUGUGGAAUUUUGGAGUCGUUGGAAUGAUAUGUAUUCAUUGGCAGGGUCCACUAGCCCUUCAACAAGCUUAUUUAAUAUUUAUUGCUGCUCUUAUGGCUUUAGUAUUUAUAAAAUACUUACCCGAGUGGACGGCGUGGUUUGUUUUGGCUGUUAUUAGUAUCUGGGACUUAAUUGCCGUUUUAACACCUAAUGGUCCACUGAGGGUGUUAGUAGAAAUGGCUCAAGAACGUAAUGAACCCAUUUUCCCAGCUCUCAUUUACUCUUCAACAAUAAUGUACAGUUUUACUAUAAGUUAUGCUGGAUACAUUGGAGCAGCAACGAUGGCCAAUGAUGAAUCUACUGCGGGAGAUAGUGUAAGGUCGCCAGCGAGAGCUCAAACAAGAAAUAAUACUGCAUCAGUAAGUGGAGAUGAGGCCGGAUUUACUAGAGACUGGGUAGAUCAUCAUGAUGAACGCAGCGCGCGGAGAGCUGAAGAAAUUAAUCGCACUGGAGAGUUAACUGGACGAGUAGAAGUACAACCUCAGCAGCAAUAUCAACGAAAUAUUCCUGACGAAGAACGUGGUGUUAAAUUAGGACUCGGUGAUUUUAUUUUUUACAGUGUUUUAGUUGGUAAAGCAUCAAGUUAUGGUGAUUGGAAUACGACAUUAGCUUGUUUUGUAGCUAUUCUUAUUGGACUUUGUUUAACACUUUUGUUACUUGCAAUUUUUCAAAAAGCUUUGCCAGCAUUACCUAUAUCAAUAACUUUUGGUUUGAUAUUUUACUUUGCUACUCGCGUAAUUGUUGCUCCUUUUGCCGAUAGUUUAGCAAGUGAACAAGUAUUUAUUUAGCUUUAAUUUUUAUAUAUACAAUAAGUAUAUAUAAAAAAGACUUAUUAAUUCCAAGACUUGUAAUUAAUUAAUUAUUUACAUUUAUGCAUAUGAAAACAUAUUUAAAAUUUUUUGAUUAAAUAUAAUUAUAAUUAACAAAUAAUUACUGAAUUUGCUCUGAUUAACUGUCAAACAGGGUUAAUAAUUUUUUUUAUAACAUUAAAAUAAGAAUUUAUUAAUGUUAUUUCCUUCGUUUAUAUACAUAAUGUCCAAUGUUUAUGAUCACAUUGUAAAAAAAAAGCAAUUGGAAGAGAUUAUUCCCGAUAUGAUGUUUUAUGAAGUAUACAGUAAAUAUUGUAUUUUUUUGCUAUUUAUACAUAACAAUACAUAUUAUAAUACAUAAAAGUUUACAUAUUAGCGCCGUUAUAAAACGCUGGGACUGACAGAUAUCAAAGAAUUGCACAGCCAUGGGAAUGAUUAUGAUAAUGCACUUGGUAUAAUUAGACCACAUAAUUACUAUUGAAAUUUAAUUUUAGUAAACAUUUUUGUUUUUACUUACUAAUGCUCAUAAUGGUUUAGGCGAGAUCAUUUCGAUUAGUAUUCUAGAGGUUUAUGAAAAAUUUAUAACAUUUUCAAAUAUAAUUCUUUUUUAAAGGUAAA